GCAAGGAGGCCUGUGAGGAAACGUCGCAAUAUGACAGCAACUAAAGCAACAAAAGCCCCAAUAUAUUUAUCGGAACCUGGCAAUGGAGGUUGUUACGCACUAAAAGUCGCAUAUAACCACCUGUUGAAGGUCAGUUUUCGAUCUCAUCUUAUAAUAUCUGCCCUUCUCCGGCUGUCGCUCAUAUGCUAUGGUCAAAUUCAUGAUGCCCAUUCGGCUGUGCGUUAUACUGACAUUGAUUACCAAGUAGUUACCGAUGGCGCGCGUCUGGUGCUUGGUGGAGGCACACCAUUUGCACGGCACACCUAUCGCUACAGUCCGAUGCUGGCCUAUCUGCAAAUACCAAAUCUAAUGCUACAUCCUGCUUGUGGAAAAGUCAUUUUCGCCACAUUCGACUUAUUGUUAGCUGUUCUAAUCUAUGAGCUGGUCCGCUUAGAGUUGGAGAUGCAGGGUCGGAAAUCAAUAGACCGCUUGUUUAGCAGUUUUGGCAAGUCACAAAAACAACUGGGGUUCUGUGAUUCACUUGAUGCAAAACUUAGCCCAGAGAAAAUUGCUUGCGCCUCGGCAAUUUUCUGGCUGUACAACCCGCUUACGGCUGUCAUAUCAACUCGUGGCAGUGGCGACAGUUUCUCCAGUUUCUUCGUUAUAUUAAGCGUAUAUUUGCUCAAAAAAGCAGAGCACACGCCUACAAAAAGCAAAUGGCUUGUUUUUGGAGCUGGCUUGGCACACGGAGUUGCCAUCCAUCUGCGUCUAUAUCCGCUGCUAUUCAGUCUAGCCUACUAUUUAGCGUUAUCCACCAGUCUAGUAGGUAACAUUCGGGAUCUACUUGGGCAAGUAUUGGUCCCCAAUAAACAACAAUUCUGUUUGGUGCUAGGGACUCUAUUAAGCUUGAUUGCUCUCACAUGGACAUUUUAUUGGAUGUAUGGCUGGCAAUACAUCUUCGAGGCCUAUCUGUAUCACUUUGUGCGCAAGGAUGUGCGCCACAACUUUUCGCUGCAUUUUCUGCAACAAUACUUAAGUAGCGCUACGAAUGUGGAGGAGUCCACUGCAAUUGUGAAGUUUUUCAUAUUGGCGCCUCAAUUCCUGCUCAUCUUCUACCUAAGUCUAAGCUUUGGCCAAUUUAGACAAACGUUGCCUUUUUGUGUUUUUACCCUGGCGUUUGUCAUUGUGACCUACAACUCUGUAGUCACUUCCCAGUACUUCAUCUGGUAUUUGGCUGUGCUUCCGUUGUGUUUGCACAAUUUGGGAACGCUGUCUUUGCAGCGUUGUACCUUCUUGAUGACUCUGUGGUUAGGCGGCCAAGGCAUGUGGCUGAUGCCUGCCUAUCUCCUAGAAUUCGAAACCUUGCACACAUAUUAUUGGAUCGGACUGCAAAGUGCUGUAUUUUUUAUUAUCAAUGGCUAUAUAUUAGUCCAGUUGAUCAAUAACUAUGGAUUUACAACGACGCGCGGCAGGCGCAUGCUCUAUUGUAAAUAAUUAAGUGAUGAAUAGUAAUAAAUUUUAAAUGUUAACAAAAAUAUA